GGGGGGGUUAGUUUACGGCCUUUCCUCGUACUUUGAAGUUUCUUAACUUGGUUUGGGUUGGUAAUUUAUAGAACGUGGAUUUUGGAUAUUGAGAUACUGUCGAACCAGCCGUGAGGAUAAGUUAGUGUAUGAUCGAACAAGAAAAAAAAUGUCUCUGACGACUCUUUGUGCUAGUGGUGCAAGGACUGUCUAGGAGUCUCUGGAUCACUAUUUGCUGGUACUGUAACCCCAGGUAUAAUGUUGAAAGGUAUUUAUUCAGCUGUGCUUCUGAAAAUUGGAAUAGGUUUACAGAAGGUGGACAAGCAUUCUGACAUUUAACAAAUGUGGCUUUACUCAGAUGAAAAUACCUAGCCCUUCAGGGAUAACUGAAAGAGGCAGAAUGGAUAAUCAGCUCUGUGAAAAACUUGCCCAGUUGGUGGAAGAACUUACUACUUCAGGAGAACCGCAGCUCAACCCUGAAAAGAUAAAGGAACUGAAGAAGAUCUGCAAAUCUUCUGAUGAGUAUAUCGACCGUGUGUACCAUCUAGUUCUAACACAGCUUAAUAAAGAACAUGCAGAGAUCCGUUUCUCUGCUUUUCAGAUUAUCGAAGAAUUGUUUAGUCGUUCUCAUCUGUUCCGGACUCUGGUCAUUUCAAACUUCCAGGAUCUUUUAGAGCUCACAGUAGAGAUCAGUGAUCCUCUUCCACCUCCAAAGGCAGCAGCCAAGAAAUUAAAGACCACGGCCAUUAAAGCAGUGCAGCAGUGGCAUGAGAAAUAUGGAGAGGCUUACAAGAAACUUUCAUUGGGAUAUUACUUCCUGAAGCAGAACAAAAAGGUUGAUUUUCAGGAUGUCCAGGCAAGGACAGUGUCUGAAAGAAAGCGGGAGGAAGAACAUCAGAAGCGUCUAGAAAAUAUUUAUAAAGAAAAGAGCAAGAAAGCUGAAAAAGAAAUGGAAGAAAUGUGCCCUGAAAUCCAAACAUGCUUGACCGAGCUGGAAACCUGCUUAAGACUUCUGAUGCCAGACCCUUUUGGCUUUAAUAUUGAUGCAAGCACUGAGUCAGCAGUAAGCACUGCUAGUAAAUCAAGUAGCUCUCCUGCUCCACAACCUGCAUCUGACGAAAGUAUCCAGGCAGUUUCUGUGGGUCCACAUGAUGAAGAACCAUGCUGCAGCAAGGACCUCCCAGGAACACAAUCAAAGCAAAGAGCUAAUGAGAAUGGACACUCAGAGAAAGAAUCAUGUGAUGUGAAGCAAACAACAGAGGAUGAUGAAGACUCGGAGCCUGAGACUGUUGCGGGUGAAGAGGAUUUCAUUAGAAGUCAUGGGCUUAUUUCACACAAAUACUCCUUGGAUUUAGAAAUCUGUACAGAUUUAAGUGUACAAGAGUCUGAAGAUAACACUGCCAUCGUAGAAAACGUCAAGGACUUUGUGAAGCUGAUCACAACAAAGUUUCUUCCAUCUGUCAAUAGUUGGAUACAGGUUUUUACCAAAGCUGGUAAAAAUGAUGAUCGACUAAAGCAAGCUAUUGACCUGAAGAAAGCAAUUCACACAGCAAUGAAAAAGCAUGAAGAAAUGAAUAUCGAAUACAAGAAGAGGGAAAGGAAAGUAAUGAAGUUUGGUAAAGAUGGAGAUGAUGAUGAUGAUGAAGAUGAAUUUAUUGAAGUCCCAGAGAAGGAAGGUUUUGAACCUGAAAUUCCAGAACACCUGCGCAAGGAAUAUGGUCUAGAGUCUCUCAGUUGUGUGCCAGUGGAAAAGGAUAACAAGAAGACCAGCAUCAUUACAAAGUCUAAAACAAACGAGGAAGAGUUUGACCCAACCUGUGCUGCGGCCACGUGGAACCUCAUAAAAGAUGAGGUAUAUCGUAGAGCUAAUAGUGCAUCUGAAGGUACAGAACUAGCUUCUUUGGAACCCAGCAGCAAGACAGCAAAACGAGAAGAAGAGAAAGGCAUAGCUCCUGUUGUACCGUUUGGAAUUGAUCUAUACUACUGGGGAAAAGAACAACCUACUGCUGGCAAGGUUCUCAAAUUUAGUUCUCAGCAUCGUUUUUGGAAACCUAAUGAGUUAGAGGAGGAGAACGAAAACAAGGAAUUGGCUUCGAUGCUCAAAACACGAUAUAUUACAUUUGCUGGAAAGUUUGAACCAGUCAAGCAUAAAUGUUGUACGCCAAUGCCUGAUGGAAGACUUUGUGAGAGACAGGACCGGUUUAAGUGCCCUUUUCAUGGUAAGAUUAUUCCUCGUGACGAAUUUGGGAACCCCACCAACCCAGAAGACAUAGCCAGACUGGAUAAAGAGAAGCAGAAGCAGCAGAACACAGAGCCAGAAUGGCAGGAUCCUGAACUGAUGCGAGACAUAGAAGCAGCUACUGGUGUUGACUUGGGCUCUUCAAAAUGUGCUGAGAAAAAGGGCAAAGGAAAGAAGAAGAAAUAUCCAAACCUUACUGAUUUAAAACAACAGGCUAAUACCUCCCGCUCAAGGCUGGAGAAGAAAGUACUUAACAAAACUGCACUAAAGCGUGUAGUAGAAGCAAUGAACCGUCUGGACAAGAGAAGGCAUGAUAAAUUUUCAAACCAGUUUAAUUAUGCACUGCACUGAGAUACAGAUACGGCAUUUGUGGACUGUCAAGACAAGACUGUUUUGGACACUUCCUGUUACUGUGCAUUCCAGAUUAAAUUCACACCAGCAUUCUCUAUGUUAUAAACAUUUAUGAAUGAUAUAACCACUGCCGUGCACUGAAUAGUCCUGUAAUAUACUUCUGUGAAUGGCAAUAUACUAUGUUGACUGUUUUACAUUUUAUCUCAAAUCCAUAACACCUGGAGAUCAUAUUUGACUCUGUGUAUUUUGGCAGCAGCUGUUUUUAAGAAUGAAAUGUUUCUAAUGAAUAGCUUGUACAGACACCAUAAUGCACAUUAUGGAUUGUACAUUUUCUUAUUAAUGUGUUUAUAAUUUUUAGCUAACAGAUGUUACAACUCUUCUACCUUUUUUGAUAAUACUCUCAUCUAAACAAGCCUGUUUUCUUGUUUAUAUAAGUGGUUGUUUGCAGCAAUAACACAAUUUUUUUGGUAUAAAGAAAUAUUAUCAUACUGUUUGUUUUCAUCUUGAUGAGUAAAUAACAAAGGCAUCACCUGUGAGAUAAACCAGCAAAGGAAGCAGCUUAUGGUGAUUCAAAUCUCUCUUGCUGUACAGAAGACUACCAUACAGUGACUUACAUUUGCCGUUAUCUUCCAGUCACAUUUCAAUCCAGUUUUUACAUAUCUGUAGUCAGGAAACCAUUUAUUAAGCUAUUUUAAUUGUCAUAUGUUCAGGGUUAAUAUUUCACUGGCAGUGUGAUGUGGAAAAUAUCUUCAUAGCGUAAAAAGUGUGUAUUAAGUUUUAAAAAAAUGAAGAAAAAACUUUCCUUUGCUUGUGCUUUCCCUUAAGUGGCAUUUCCCAUUGUCAGAUGGGGGGUUUUCUUCACUGUUUUUAGCAUAUUUUUCUGGAGCAUUUUAUGUAUUAAAAUGUAAUUUCUUUUCCA